AUGGCAGACAAGAAGCGUAAGGAGAGGGGCGACGCCAAACGCAGCCGCACCACCGUAUCUAAGAAGUCGAAGAAGACUUCCGACGUUCGCCGGAAAAAAACUGGUCCUCAUUUGCCUUCAUCUUUGAAAAAACAGAUCGAAAGUUUAAACCCUACCACAGUUGAAGUCGAUGAAGUCGACAAUGACGUAUACGAAUACGAAGAAGAAUUACCUGAAGAAGAAUCAAGGAAGAACAAGCGUUACGACCCUGUCUCCGUCAAAGAUAAUGACCUUUCUUCUGACUUCGAGGAUGAAAAUGUGCAAUCUGAUGAUGAAGACGAUGAUGGCGCAAGAAAUGCUAGGAUGGUACAAAGAAUUAUUGGGAAGACUAUGAUCAAGGAUACUGGUAUUCCUGAGCUAUAUCCAGAGUCUGAAGAUAAUGAUAAUCCCAAUCGUGAUGUUGUGGAUGGUGAUGGACGUGUUAGUAUUAACGACCUCCUUGAGCCUCUUCGUGAAAAGCCUGAAUUAGCAAAUGAAUAUGCAAAACUUCGGAAGAGAAAUCAAAUUAUCGAGAAGCAUGCUAGAACUGUUUACGCACCACUUCCAAAGGCGGAACAAGCACAGGUGGAUAGGAAGGUAGCAUAUGAAAUAUCAAAGAAAGAAGUCACGAAGUGGCAGCCCAUUAUUAAGAGAAAUAGAGAGGCUCCUACUAUAUUCUUUGAUGAAAAAACAGAUCUAGGGUUUUCAACUAUAGGAGCAAUAGCUUCUGAAUUUGAACCCAGAACUGAACUUGAGAGGAAAAUGGCUGCACUAGUUCAGAAUGACAAAAUUUUGGAAGCUCAUAAAAAUGAUGGUUUUCGGCUUCUUGAAUUAAACAAGGUUUCCAUUGAAGAUGAGAAGGAUAGACAAAACCGGAAUGCUAAAAUGCGGAGCCUUCUUUUUCGUAAUGAACUGAGGGCAAAGCAUGUUAAAAAGAUAAAGUCCAAGACAUAUCAUCGUUUGUUAAAGAAAGAUAGACUGAAGGCAGAGUCUUCUCAACCUCAAAUGGAUCCUGAAGCUGCUAAGGAAUAUGCCAUGAAACAAGAACGGCAGAGGGCCGAGGAACGCAUGACAUUGAGACACAAACAUAAAAGUAAGUGGCUUCAGCGUAACAUGCAACGUGGUUUAGAUAAGCAGGAUGAAGGAACUCGUGCUGCUGUGACUGAACAUUUUCAAAGACACGAGGAACUGACUAGAAAAAUGAAGACUAUGGAUAGUAGCAGUAGCAGCAGUGAUGAUUCCAGUAAUGAAGAUGAUGAUGAGGAUGCUGCUGAUUCUGAUUCGGAUAAGGCCAACAAGAUUUUGCAAAAAGCUAAACAAAAGACACUAGAAGUGUUGGAGGAAGAUGAUGAAAUUCCCAAGUCGGGAUUGCUAUCUUUACCUUUUAUGAGGCGUGGAUUGGAGAAAAGAAAAGAAGAAACUAUUGAAGAAGUCAACCUUACUGUACAAGAAUAUGAAGAUUCCAUGAAGAAGCUGGAGGAUUCCGGUGGCUCAGAAGAUCCAAAAGUAGCAUCUACCAGUGGCAGAAGAGUAUUUGGAAUGGCUAAAAAAGCUCAGAUAGUUGAUGCUGGUAAUAAAGUGAAAUCAGAUGAAUUUUAUGAUAACAGUGAUAGUGAUGAUGACUUGGAGGUCAAUAAAAGUGGCGACAUUGAGAAUCAGGGAAGUGAUCUUCCGCAGAAGGAUAUCAUUGAUGAUUUAAUCGUGAGUCAAGAAGGUUUUGGUACUCGCAAAGAAUCUGUUUUCAAGAACUUUGACGAGAUCGUAAAGAAUCCUGGGCCAAAAACCACAUAUGAAGUUUCCAUAUAUGCCUCAGAUAAAUGGAAUAAGGCAAAAAACAGAAAUGAUAUAGACACAAACAUCAAAAAGUCUCCAAAGUUGAAAGAACCUGUUAGGCCAAAUGUAAAGAACAUUGAAAACGAUCAAUUGGCAGAGGAUAGCGAUACAGAUAAUGAAGGACAAAUGGUGGAUGGAAUUUUGACUUCUGCAUCUAAACCAUCUUAUGAACUUCCAUCUCAAGAGGAGCUCAUUCGACAAGCUUUUGCUGGGGAUGAUGUAGAAGAUGCUUUUGAAAAGGAUAAACAGGAGGUCCUCAAUGAAGAAAAUCCUGAGCCAGAAAAGCCUCUAAUUCUUCCUGGCUGGGGCCAAUGGUCUUAUGUACAAGAAAAGAAAGGUUUACCAUCCUGGGUGAUCAAAAAACAGGAAGAUGCCCAGAGAAAAAAGGAAGAAGCUAUCAAGAGGAGAAAGGAUGCUCAGCUAAAAAAUGUGAUCAUCUCCGAGAAAUUAGGCAAGAAGGCUGAGAAACUCCAUGCAAAAACGUUGCCCUAUCCGUUCACUUCCAAACAGGUCUAUGAUCAGAGUAUGCGUAUGCCCAUUGGACCUGAAUUUAACCCAGCAACUACUAUUGGACUUCUUAAUCGGCCUGCAGUGGUGAAGAAGUCCGGUGUUAUUAUAAAACCUAUAGAAUUCGAAGAAGUGAAUCCUCAUGAUAAAUCAGGGCAAGGGUUCGUUGAGAACAAGCUGAAGAGAACCAAAGGCAAUUCUAGCAAAGCCAGGAAAAAGUCGAAGGAUUAG